GGCUUCCAGGUAAGAGCGCGCAUUAAUUGACUGCGUGCACGAGCAGAGCGCGGUUUGUUAAUGAGCGCGCGCAGUCGGUGGGAGCUGCUUUGCGGUCUUGUUAGUGUAUGAGGAGAGGGAACACACAUGGAGGCUGCUAUUGAUUUUAAGUCCCUCCGGGCCAAGUUUCAGGAGCAGAGUCAGCUGGAAAAUAGGCUGGUGGGUCUUGACAAACCCAAACGCUUUCCACCUAUAGUAAGUCAUGUCUAUUCUUUAACCAAUUCUUCUGCUGAGGACAAAAAUUUUUCCAUCCCACCCUUUAACUUAAGAGACGACCAAAAGAUGCUUUCGAUUAAACGGCCCAGCACCGCGCCAUCUUUUCCACCUCACACGAACGGUGUCGGAAGUGGUGUCAUGAGACGUUCGCUCAAAGAUCGUCACUUGCCUCUCGUGCUGCCUGCAUCAUUUUCAUCAUCUAAUAACCUUCCAAAGCAGGAGGUCAUCGCGUCCUCCAAGCUGGUCACGUCUCCAAUCAAGUGCAAGAAGAAGACCAUGCCAACGCCUUUCAAGCCGGCUAAGUUUUCCAAGUCCAUUAAGGAAAUUUUGGAAGGCACAGAACAUCCUGAAAGCAGCAGGAUGCACACUGUGGAGAAUGGAUUUAGCCAUCACAAUGGGGGGUCAAACCCAGGGUCGUCUUGUCCAAGCCCAGAGCAGCCAUUGCCACAGUCUCCUACAUCCGAAGAUCUGUCUGACGGUGGGAACGUUUCUAGCGUCCUCAGCACUCUGGAGAGAGCCAAAAAAAAGUUCUCACCCAAGAACCUUCUGAGUUAUACCAGACCCAAGAGCUUCUACUCCAGUAAAGGACUGAUGAGGAGCCCUCCUUAUCCUGUUGAGUAUGAGAACUUUCAGCGUAAUGCAGAUUCUUCAUCUCUAAGGUCAGGAGGAUAUCAGCCUGUAAUCUCGCCAAGCGUCAAUGAAUGGAAUUUACCACAAGCCAAUGGUAUCAAUCAUAAAUCUAUACCGGAGCCUGUUUUUCACCUGAAUGGUGACAUGAAACCAGUCCAGACUGGUUCUUGUGUGCCUCCUCUCAUUAAAGCUUUGCCAGGAGUGACAACAUUGGGGCCCCCACCCAUGAAACCACCAAGACCACCACAAGUUGAUUUGAUUGCUUACAGGACCAACAAGCUUGGUGCCUCCAUGAACCUGGCUCCUAAUUCAGGCAGCGUAGCUGCUGAAUCUGUGGCUGCUGAGAAUACCCCAGUGCCCCCACUCCCUCAGUUUGAUGCUCCUCACUUCUUAGAUUUUACCAGUUCUGUUUUGGAAGCCUUAAACACCCAUGUAAACCUUGCGGCUCUUAAGACGGAGGCUGCAGAAAUGAGUGCUCCCCUGCCAGAACCUGAAGAGGCGGUUGAUGACUAUCUUCACAAUGAUGCGAUCCAGAAGCAUGAUACAGGGCCUGCAGAGGUGGUGGAUGAUGAUCUCCACAGAGCAGGUUUAGGACAUGUGGCUGAUUCGCAAUCAAUCACGAUACUUGAAGCUCAGCUCCAGGAAGCUGUGACCCCGGAGAUUCUAAGGAACUACCCCCAGAACGUAAUGACCGAUUCUUAUAUCACCAGUGAACUACCAUCUGAACCAAGCAUCAGCCAGCGGGAAGAUUAUUAUGAAACCUGUGACAACAUCUACGAAGAGGUAGAGUCGAUCAGCAAAUACAGUUUUGGGCAGCAUUCUCGCAAACGCAAAGGAGCUCCAAAGAAUCCCUAUGCUGAGUCGCCGGGGAAAGAGGACACACGAAAGAGCCUAUGGCAUGUUGCACAGUGUUCUGCAUCGGCGAGAAAGGAGCGCUCAAGCCCUGACCACCACGAAGAGAAAGAGGCACGGAAGCGAGAGAAGCAACGUCUGGAGCGAGAGAAGAAAGAGCAAAAGGAGAAGGAGAAAAGGGAAAACGAAAUGAAAAAGAAGUUCAAAAUCACCGGACAGGAGGAGCCCAUGUAUCAUGCUCGCGUCCUGCUUGCCAGCAAACUGCGCAAACACGACCUUCAGGUGAAGAGUGGAGACACGGUCAGCAUCAUCCGAACCACCAACUGCCCCAAGGGCAAAUGGCUCGCCAGAGACUCGCAGAACAUGUAUGGCUAUAUUUCAGUGAUGAAUGUGGAGUUGAAUAUGAAGGAGAUGUUGGAGUUGGGGAAACGAGCCUCGCAGGCAAUUGGCAGAGGACACGGCGAGGCUGACACGCUCAGCCUCAGCAGCAGGUCUUCAUAUUACAACCCGGUUCUCACAAGCAGCUUCACGGAUGAUAGUGAGGAGUGGACCGGGGAGGACGAAUCCUUGGCUCAUUUACAUGAAAACAUGUGUCCUAACCGUGCGGUCUCAAUGCCUGAUAUGUUCAACGCUAUUGCCAGUAAUCACCAUGCUCCGAGUGCUGGAAGUGUGGAGGACGUUUCCUCACAUGUAAAUCAUGAAGCUCUCCAGAAGCUUGCAGUUUUCUUCCAGAGCACCAGAAAUGAUCUGCAAGCCGAAGCAGACUCUAUUUCCAUCAACAACAGUGGUCCAAGUUUGCUGUGUGACGUGGAGGAGCCUCCGUACAUUGAGGAGGACCAGUUCAGUUUCACAGACGUUGAGCUUCUGCCUCCUCCUGAACUCUACGCUGACUUUUUCUAAGUUAUCAGAUAACCGAUGCAGUUUCUACUCGUCUGUUUUACACUCGGUCACACGCUCCUGUUAGCUCUCAGGAAACAUGGUCCAGUUCUCUGAGGGUUGCUGCUGUGAAUGCUAAUGCUCCUUCCUGGGCAUCGGUUUCAGACCGAAUCUUCAAAUCGACUCAACACUAAAACUCUUUUAGCCAGAAGAGCGUGACUGUGUGAGAAUUAAGUAAAAAAAAAAAAAAACAGCUGUUAUAAAGGUGAACGAGUUCUAAAGAUUCUGAAAGAAAAAGGGCUUUAGCACUUUAUGGGUGUGAAAAUGUUACACCACGUUUGGGCAGUGAAGGUUUUGCACUAGUGUUUUUUUUUUUUUUUUUUUUGCAGUGUUUCUGCUUUCUUCCUUUUACUUUCAUGUUUGAAUGAACAGUCAAUUAUGAAUGAAUGCAAACAAUAAAUAUAUUCAUGUAGAAAAAUAA